AUGCUGCGCCAGGCGCAGGCGCUCGCCGUCUGCGCGGCCGUCGCGCUCGCGAGUCUCGUCGGCUGCGCGCAGCGCCACGUCCUUCUGCGCGACGCGUCCAGCUCCUGGAGUGCUGCCGCUGGCGCUGAUGUCCGCCGAGCAAAGCUCGACCUGCUCGCGGAGCAGCUGCGUGUCCGCGGGGCACGGAGCGAGCUCCAGGCGACCCUCGCGGCCCGACUCGUGCAGGUACGACGCGCAAGGCUGCGACUGCUGCUCGGCAAGCUCGAAGUGAGCCAGCGACGUGCGCUCGCCAGCCACGCGCCUCCGCGUGAUGCGUCUGGCGCGGCGGGUCCGCUCGCAGUGCACUCGAGCUGGCACGCCGUUGCGCCGGACGGCUCGUGCCCCGCGGCAGUGCCGCACUGGGAGUGGCGCGACCUCCUCGCGGCGGCGCUCGCCACGCAGCCGCGCGAGCGAGCAGCGGCGCUCGCGGCGUUGCACGCUAGCUCGCGGCUCCCUCAUAGCGAGCUGCAGCAGCUGGCCGGGAGGUACGCCGAGGUGCUCGCCAACCGCGAGUUCGAUGGGCUGCUCGACGUGUCACAUCCGCCGUGCGGCGGUCGCCGCUUCGCGCGCCUCGAGGGCGACCGCAUCCUCUCCCUCGAUUGCGCUCCGCACCUGCCGGCGAGGUACGCGCUCGAUGGCGAGAGCCAGCUGCGCGAGUACAGCGGCCCGGCGCGCGUCGAGGGCGCCGAGGUGGUGCUCGCAUAUUGCGGAGAGGAGUUUAACCUGCUCGCCCACCCACGUCUUCGGCCCGAGCUCCUCUCACGCGUCAUCAACUUUGGGGCGGGUGGGAGCGGGCCGCCGCCGUCGCCGCCUCCGGCAGCGUGGGAUCGGCCGUGGGACAAGUGGCAGGGCCUGCGGGAGGACCGUUGGGGGUGGCGGCGGCUGGAGGAGUCGGGUCCGACGUGGCCGCGGCCCGAGGCCACGACAGCACGCCACUACAACAUCGUCGGGUACAACUCGGUGCCCAACCAGCUGCCCCUCUACUGCAAUGUGCUGCCCGAGCACCUGUCGCAGACCCUGCCCGGCCGGUGCGUGUGGGAGGUGUGGCGCCGCGCCGGUGCCGUCAGCGCCAUGGUGGAUGAGGUGCACGACAACUGCCAGUCGCCGACGUCGUCGGCUGUCAUGCUGAGCGAGGCCAACUUGCCCGAUCACCAGCUGUGGCGGCUCUUCUGCUCGCCGCUCGUCAAGCCCUGCUGCUGGGCGCAGGACGGCUUCCUCAACCCGGGUCGGCGGCAGUGCGUCGGCGGCGGGAGACAGCUGCACGAGGUACUCAUGGGGUACCUCGAGCAAUGGCUCGCGCUCUAUGCCGCCGCACCUCGCCGCUGGGCCUCGAUCAACACGAUGGUGGCGCACGAGCACUUCAUGCUGCGGCUGCCCGCCCUCGAUGACGCGCUCUCCACCUUCCUCGAGCGGCACGCGGCCGGCCUCCUCCGCGACACUGUGGUGAUGCUCCUGUCGGACCACGGCACGCACGGCAUCUGGUACAACGACUACGAGAUCGGCGCCGCCGAGCACAAGCUGCCUGUCCUCUACGUCCUCGCGCCCGACUGGCUGAUGCGCGAGCGGCCCGCCUGGCAGGCCGCUCUCCGCGCGAAUACGCGGCGAAUGGUGACCGUGCGUGAGCUCUACCAUGCAAUGGUCCAGCUCGCAGCGUAUCCGAACACCGCCUCGCUAGAGGCCGGAGCGCUAUCCAUCCUCGACCCGCUCCCCGAGCACCGCACUUGCGCGGAGGCAGGUGUGCCGGAGGAGUUUUGCGCCUGCCGUCGGGUGGCUGCGCAAGCAAUCGCGUAA